AUGGAAGAACCGGACGCGACAACAACGACGACACAAAGAAAUCAAACUACUGGAAUGUCUUCGGCAGACAUCUGGACCUGUCAAGUGUAUGGAUCCUGGUCGGCUAAGGAAGAAUGGAUGGGGCUAGGCUUCGUGUUAAUUGCAAACGAGGAGAUCAUUUUGGAAGGACAGAGGUGCUGCCCUCGAGCACAAGCACCACUUCAUGCCGAAGCAAAGAGCCUAAGCUGGGCUAUGAAAGAGGUAAAGAAUCGCGGAUUCCACCGAGUAAGAUUUGAAUCUGACUGCCAACAGCUGGUAAACAUCAUCCUAUAUGAGGAUGAAUGGCCCUCAAUGGCGCACGAAAUAGAAGACAUAAAAGCUACUGCUACAUGCUUUCAAAAGCUUGAGUUUUCUUAUAUAUCUCGUUCUCUAAACCUCAGUGCGGACUCCCUAGCUAAGGAAGGACGAUCACGUGCUUUACGAUUUGCGAAUGUAAAUAUUAAGGUUCAUCAAGGGCUCGCUCAUGCAGCAGACCUAAACGAACCAGUUUGA